UUGCAAGUCAUGUCUAAAAUGUAUGUGCUUAUGUGCUAAGGUGUUUUUUUCCUGCUCCCACACUGUACCCCUCUCGGGGCAUAGUCGGGGGGUUGGUGUUUUUUCUCGCCUUCUUCCCUCAUGUUAUGCUGUAAUCUUUCAUCCACCCUUUCUUGUAAUUUCGAUGCUUUUGUACCUGUACUCUGGCAAACGACAAAUAAAUAUAUCAAUCAAUCAAUCAAUCAAUCAAAAACACACUGUUAUAUGGUGAAUAAGCAUUGUAUUUCAGUGUAAAAAUAAAAGUUAAAUUCAACAACGUCUGUGGACUCGACACAGAUCAGAUGUAAGGGUUUGGCAUGAAGUGCAGGUGCGUCUCGUCAGGUGAACGAGGCCCAGCUGCGGAGCAAUCAAAUCAAUCAGAAAGUGGGCGGAGCCAAACACUACAAAAGAGCCCUCUGCGCCACAGAGAGCGUCUCAAGCACAGGAAGCGCAUCAGAACCUCCUCAGCAUGGCCUUCUCCGUCCCGAUCGUCCUCGUCCUCGUCUGCGGCGCCUUCUCGGUGGCGGCGCUGGACUUCAAGUGGAACGCUCAUCCUGCGUCCGGCCGCUUCGGACACCCGCCCACCGCCUCCCCCCAGGAGAAGCGGUCUUUCGGCGAGCCGAUGUCUUGGCAGUAUCCGACGCCGCCGACAGAGGAGGAGCCUCAGUUCCCUCCGGCCUUCGAGCAGAAGGUUCCGAAGCCGGUCGACAGCAUCAGCGCCGUCUGCGGCGAGAACUCCGUCUGGGUGGAGGCCAACAAAGACCUGCUGGGCAUCGGAAAACCGGUCCAGGCUGCAGAGGUCUCCCUGGGAGGGUGCCCCGCCAUCGGGGAGGAUCCCGACGCCGAUGUCCUGAUCUUCGAGUCGAAACUGCACGGGUGUGGCAGCCAGCUGGAGAUGGUGGACGACUCGUUCAUCUACACCUUCACGCUGCUCUACACUCCCACCCCUCUCGGGGGCAGCGACAUCGUCCGAACCGAAGACGUCGCGGUCGACAUCCAGUGUCACUACCAGAGGAAGCACGAUGUGAGCAGCUGGGUCCUGACGCCGACCUUGAGUCCCUUCAGUGUCGUGAAAACCGACCAGGAGAGUCUCCACUUCUCCAUCAAGCUCUUGACUGACGACUGGCGGUCCGCUCGGCCGUCCCCGGUGUACCUGAUGGGCGACAUGAUGAAGUUCGAGGUGUCGGUCAAACAGUUUUACCACGUCCCCCUCAGAGUGACGGUGGACAGCUGCGUGGCCACGGUGGCCGCCAACGUCGACACCGUCCCUCGCUACGUCUUCCUGGGAAACAACGGGUGUCUGUUUGACAGCCAGCUGACCGGCUCCAGCUCUCGAUUCCUGCCCCGCUCGCAGAACGACAAGCUGCAGUUUCAGGUGGAGGCGUUCAGGUUCCAGCAGGAAGACAACGGCGUGAUCUACAUCAGCUGCAAUGUGAGGGCGACCUCGGCAGCGUCGCCCGUCGAUGGCACCAACAAGGCCUGUUCCUUCGCCAACGGGUGA